AUGGGCGAAGAGGUGCACCUCACGAUCAACGGAAAGUUGUAUGUUGCAAACCCGAACACCGUGCCGGUGAACACAUCAUUGAACUCAUUCAUCCGUGACCACGUACAUCUGAAAGGAACAAAAUUCAUGUGCCGUGAGGGUGGAUGCGGUGCUUGUGUAGUCACCCUGUCCGGGCUACAUCCCGUUACGAAGAAGCGCCGAUCAUGGGCAGCCAAUUCGUGCCUAGUAUCCGUCUUCUCCUGUCACAGUCUAGACAUUGUCACUAUCGAGGGACUCGGUGGCAGUCGAAAGAAUUCGUAUCAUCCGCUGCAACGACGGUUGGCGGAGUACGGUGGAUCUCAGUGUGGGUAUUGUUCGCCCGGCAUGGUGAUGAACAUGUACAGUUUGCUAGCGUCUCGGAAACAACAGCAAAAAGCGCUUGAAGGAACGUCCCAAGCCACAUUGACCGAGGCACAGAUCGAGCAAACAUUCGAUGGGAACAUAUGUCGAUGCACUGGCUAUCGUUCGAUUCUGGAGGCCUUCAAAUCCUUUGCCCAAAUCCAAACGCAUGAGCCGUUGUUAGUCGACAUCGAAGAUCUGGAUCAACUGCGUCCCCGGACAAACGACUCUGGUAAGAUCUUGCCACUCUAUCUAACGUUUCCAAACGGGAGAAAAUGGUUUAAGGUUACGUCGCUGUCGGAAACCUUUGACGUGUUUAGCAUGAUUGAUGAUGCGCAGCCCUACACACUUGUGGCGGGAAACACAGCUCAAGGAGUUUAUAGACGACCCGAACAGCUGCAGGUGUUUAUUGAUGUGAGUUCAAUCGAGGAGCUGCAUCGGCAUACGCUAGAUCAUGCCCUGACGGUUGGUGCCGGUACUAGUUUGACCGAGUUUAUCGAGCUGCUCGAGCGAACGGCUGAUGCACAUCUUAGCUUUACGUACUGUUCCCCAAUGGCCAAGCAUAUUCGACAAAUGGCAAAUCAACCUGUCCGUAACGUAGGUACCAUCGGUGGGAAUUUGAUGAUCAAGCACCAACAUGCUGAGUUUUUUUCGGAUCUAUUUUUGCUACUGGAAACCGUCGGUGCAACAUUAUCGAUAAUGUCUUCAGUUGAUGACAUCUCCACGUUGUCACCAUUAGAGUUUCUGAAGCACUCUAUGCACAAACGCAUACUGCUGGCUAUUAAACUUCAUCCUCACGACCACGUCAGCACCACGCUUCGCUCGUACAAAGUCAUGCCCGUUGCCCAAAAUUCGCGUGCCUAUGUCAACGCCGCCUUCCUGUUCAGACUCUGUCCAGAGCGUAAGAUCUGCACCUAUAUAGCGAUCUGCUACGGUGGUAUCAACCCUUCGUUCUUGCAUGCAACUCAAACGGAAGCCUUCCUUGUCGGGAAGUCUCUCUUCGAGAAUGCGAUCCUUUCUGAGGCCUUUCAGGUUCUAGAGCGGGAACUAAAGCCCGAUUGGAUAUUACCGGAUGCAUCACCAACCUAUCGAAAACAACUUGCCCUUUCCCUACUGUAUAGAUUUGCGCUCAGUAUGCAUUCCGGUGCAGGACGUUCGGUACGUAGCGGUGCAGAGAUGAUCGAACGACCACCCGUUUCUACGGGUCGGCAAACUUACGACACGUACCCGAAACGCUGGCCACUAACGCAGAACAUACCCAAACUCGACGGUUUAGUGCAGUGUGCCGGCGAGGCGGAAUAUAUCAACGAUAUGCCGGUAUUACCGAACGAACUGCAUGGUGCGCUCGUGCUCUCGAACGAGAUUCAGUGUCGCAUUCUAAAGAUAGACGCCACCGAUGCACUAGCCUUGUCCGGUGUACGGGCAUUCUUCUGCGCUCAGGACAUCCCCGGGCGGAACAACUUUAUGCCACUUGAAAUGGGUUUCCCGGACGUAGAGGAGAUCUUCUGCAGCGGUGAGGUUCAAUUCGCUGGACAAGUCGUUGGGAUGAUCUGUGCUGAUAGUUUCGAGCAGGCUAAUCAUGCCGUGAAGCUGGUGAAGAUCGAGUACAAGCGAUCGGGUAAUCGAAUAGUCCUCCCGACUGUACAUGACGUUGUUGAUGCCCUCGACUAUAGUCGCGUCAGCGAUCAACCGUACGAUCGUCAUGGAUCGCGGUACCAUCUGGCCAAGGAAGGACCCAUCUCCGUAAUUGGUAGAUUCGAUUUGCGGGGCCAGUACCAUAAUCCAAUGGAGACACAAGUCUGUCUAUGCGUUCCUCAUGCCGACACGAUGGAUGUGUACUGCGCAACGCAGUGGCUUGACCACGUGCAGAUUGCUGUCUCGCAGGCGUUGCAGCUUCCCGAGAGUUUCCUCAAUCUCUCCGUUCGCCGAGUUGGUGGAGCAUACGGUGCAAAAUUGACGCGUGCCAGUCAGAUUGCGUGUGCUUGUGCCGUGGCCGCGUUCCGGACCGGAUCUCCGGUGCGCAUGGUUCUGCCACUCGAGACGGCUAUGUCGAUGUCGGGAAAACGUUGUGGCAGCGUGAGCGAGUACGAAGUGUCCGUGGAUGCUACCGGGCGCAUCGCAAAACUCUCGCACACCUUUAUCCACGAUGCUGGUGCUGCUCUAAACGUGAUGCUCGGGGGGAUGACCACCGAUCUGUUCAAAAAUUGUUACCGCACGGACUACUGGAAGCUGCGGGCGAAGAUUGCCCGAAGCGAUAGUCCGCCGAAUACGUGGGCUCGAGCACCUGGAACAUCCGAGGGAAUCGCGAUGGUGGAAAACAUCAUGGAGCAUAUCGCGCACCAUGUCGGCUUGGAUGCUGUGGACGUGCGGAUGGUGAAUAUAUCGCGCGAAAAUAAAAUGCACUCACUACUUCCCCGCUUCCGACGUCAGGUGGAAUACGACGAAAGAAAACGGUUGAUCGCUGAGUACAACGUUGAACAUCGGUGGCGGAAGCGUGGUAUAUCCAUCAUGCCGAUGCAAUACCCUCUUGAGAUGAACUCGAUGAAGAACGCGGUAGUGUCGGUGUACACCGACGACGGUACAGUGUCGAUCGUGCACGGUGGCAUCGAAAUGGGCCAGGGCAUCAACACGAAAGUGGCACAGGUAGCGGCUCAUCUACUUGGAGUGCCGAUUGAAAAAGUUGUCGUUCAGCCCACCAACAGCUUACUCAAUGCCAACUCAAACGGGUCCUUCCAUAGCCAGGCGACGGACAGCGUUGCUUUUGCUGUCAAAAAAUGCUGCGAGGCUCUAGUCGAUCGACUACGACCAUACCGAACACUACUGAGACGGACCAGUUGGGAGGAUAUGAUUCGAAGCGCUGCCCUAGACGACGUGGACCUACAAGCAUCGUUCUAUGCCACACCGAUCGAUAUCCGAACCUACACCAUCUGGGGAGUGGCGUGUGCGGAGGCUGAAGUAGAUAUCCUUACCGGUCAAGUGCUCGUUCGCCGAGUCGACAUUUUGGAGGAUGUAGGUGAAAGCCUAAAUCCGUGCAUCGAUGUGGGUCAGAUCGAGGGUGCGUUCGUAAUGGGUCUAGGGUACUAUCUUACCGAGGAACUCGUGUAUGAUGCGAAAAAUGGCACCCUUUUGAAUAAUCGCACCUGGAACUAUAAGGUGCCAGGACAUCACGACAUUCCAGUCGAUUUUCGCGUAUCAUUUUUAGGCAAGAGCUCCAAUGCUGGUGGUGUGCUGCGAUCAAAGGCAACUGGAGAGCCAGCCCUCUCUCUGAGCCCUGUGAUAACGUAUGCUAUUCGGAAUGCAGUACGAUCGGCCAGGAAAGACGCUAGCUUACCGGAUAAAUGGUUGCAUAUGGGCAGCGGUAUGACUCCGGAAAAAAUUUUUCUUCUAGUAGAAAAUUCCACCGACAAGUACAAAUACGAGUAA